CGGCGCGGGUGGCAGCGAUCUGGUCUGUUGACAGCUGCUGACAGCUGGAAGCCGCGGUGGGGAAGGAGGCGGAGCGUCUUCAGCUCUCCAACCCGCGGUUCUGCACCGCUUUCCGGGGGAAACCCAGCUACCUGUCCCCAGAGCAACUUCUCAUCCCGGCGGCGCCUUCCUGCUGUCUCUUUAAGAGGUCUGCGGAUCGCCCCGCCUCUUCGAGAUCUGAUUGGUCUCUUCCGCUCGUUUCGUUUCCAAUGGGCGAAAAAGACGGUCCGGCCUUCUGGGUCGCCGCUGCUGGGAAGGUCUCUCCGGUGUCCUCGGGGCUGGCGGGCCCUGCGCGCUGGUGACGUCUCUCCUACCUCGUCCACCCCCGGUUUCCGUGGAACCGGCCUCCGAGGCUCUUGCGCGACGCUCCCCGGCCGCUGCCGCCUCCCCCGGGCGCUGAAGGCCGGAGUCCCGGGGCCUGAGCCGGGUCCGCGCUCCCGGCGACGGUGGAUGGGCGGCCCGGGCGGUCAGGCCUGAGCGCUGCCCGGGGUUCUCAGGGCGGCUGCGGGCAAGAUGUACACGCUGGAAGGCGCCAACGAGAGCACAGCGUCGCCGCCACCGCUGGCCCCCAACAUCAGCGUGCCCCACCGCUGCCUGCUGCUGCUGUACCAGGACAUCGGCGCCUCCCGGGUCCGGUACUGGGACCUCUUGCUGCUCGUCCCCAAUGUGCUCUUCUUCAUCUUCCUGCUCUGGAAACUUCCAUUUGCUCGGGCCAAGAUCCGCGUCACCUCCAGCCCCAUUUUUAUCACCUUCUACAUCCUGGUGUUCGUGGUGGCCCUCGUGGGCAUCGCCCGGGCUGUGGUGUCAAUGACAGUGAGCACCUCGGAUGCUGCGACUGUUGCCGACAAGAUCCUGUGGGAGAUCACCCGCUUCUUCCUGCUGGCCAUCGAGCUAAGCGUGGUCAUCCUGGGCCUCGCUUUUGGUCACCUGGAGAGCAAAUCAAGUAUCAAGCGGGUAUUGGCCAUCACCACCGUGUUGUCGCUAGCCUACUCUGUCACCCAGGGGACCCUGGAGAUCCUGUACCCUGAUUCCCAUCUCUCUGCUGAGGACUUCAACAUCUACGGCCAUGGUGGCCGCCAGUUCUGGCUGGUCAGCUCCUGCUUCUUCUUCUUGGUCUACUCUCUGGUCGUGGUCCUCCCCAAGACCCCGCUGAAGGAGCGCAUCUCCCUGCCCUCGCGGAGGAGCUUCUACGUGUACGCGGGCAUCCUGGCGCUGCUCAACCUGGUGCAAGGGCUGGGGAGCGCGCUGCUGUGCGCCAACAUCAUCCAGGGCCUCUGCUGUGUGGACGCCACCACCUUCCUCUACUUCAGCUUCUUCGCGCCGCUCAUCUACGUGGCUUUCCUCAGGGGCUUCUUCGGCUCAGAGCCCAAGAUCCUCUUCUCCUAUAAGUGCCAAGUGGAUGAGACGGAGGAACCCGACAUGCACCUGCCCCAGCCCUACGCCGUGGCCCGGCGGGACGGCGUGGAGGCCGCGGGGGCCACAGGAGCCGCGGCCGCCUCUUACUCCAGCACGCAGUUCGACUCGGCCGGCGUGGCCUACCUGGAUGACGUCGCCUCCAUGCCCUGCCACGCCGGCAGCAUCAACAGCACCGACAGCGAUCGCUGGAAGGCCAUCAACGCCUGAGUGCGGCCACCCUCGCCCAAGAGCCUGCGGGGACCCUUGAGGACAGGUGGGACAGGAGGCCAGCGGCCCAGACUCCCAGGUGGAGCUGCUGCAGGUUUGUGGGCGAGGCCUGCACCCCUGGAGUCUGGAGGCCUCUUCCUGUCCCUGGGUCACCCAUGCUCCAGCCGGGGACCCCACGCCCUUUCCGUCGCUCUCGCCCUGCUCAGCAGUAUGGCCCAGACUGGUCUUCCACGGCCGAAGCCUCAUUGCACAGGAUGGCUGCUGCCCACCGCCCCUCACUCCCCAUGUCCGCAGCCGCAGGUCUCCUCCAAGCGCACGGCGCGGGACCAGCUGCGGCGUGUAUAUUUUCUUGAUUUAUUUUUUAAUAAAAAGGAAAAGAGCAGAAAA